UUAGCCGACACCGCGAGCAUGAUGGUACAAAACCAUUCUUCUUUCUUCACCAUAACUCUCGCCACUCAUUCACAACACUGUCAUUCUUUACUCUUGCGCUAGUCGCACAUUUACGCCCUUAUACCCUCAUUUUUCACGAAUUCAUACCCACCAUGUCCUCAUUUUCUCUAUCACCUUCGCCCCCUUUGUCUUCCAUUUCUGCAAACGAUCCUCUCCAAUUCCUUGCUGGCAUUGCCAUUGGCUCCAACUCCAUAUCUAACCCUAAACGUACCAGCACUUCACCUUCACCAACUCGCUGCUCAAAGCGUCUGAGCCAGCGAAAAACCGCUAUCACAUACGGUCAUCUCAGCGGCAGUCCCCGACCUUUAUCAUCUGCAUCGUCAUCCUUCGACGACUCGGUCGGACGUGACAGCAGUCUGUCUUGUCCCAACAAUACGAAAACCCCGCGCAAAGCUUGCCACAAAUCAUCAAAACCAACCUCUUUGCAGAAGUGUGCCAAAGCCGCAAUACAACCUCACAGGCAGGAAAUAAUGAAUCGCGCGUUGAGGAUCAAAACGGUGGAGAACUCACCAGCCAACCCUCGCCAGCUGCGUGUCUUGCGGAUGGUCUACGACGAAAUCACGAAUUACCCGAAGGAGCAUUGGAUGGCUCUCAUCGCGAUAGUGAUACAUCGAUCAUUCAACCAAGUCAAACACUGGUUCUCCAAUGAACGCCAAAAAAAUAAAGGCGGCGACUUCGUCAAUUGGAAAACCAACCUAGGUGAAAACAUACGCGUCCGGCCCAUGGCCGUGGAGUUGUCCUCAGAGUGGUCUGAUGAAUUAUUCGAGGCUGCUCUGAUGAUAUUCCAUUUCAGAUUGAUGAAACUUCUUCGUUGGGAGGAAGAGAACGACUCACUUUCACACACCUCACACUGAACAUUGUCUUUCCUUCUUGCUUUCUUUUGGAAUGCUUUCGACAUAAACUAGCAUCUACUUAAUGUUGUUCUAAUCAAUGCUCU